AUGGCUCUCAAUAAAUGGUUGUGUGAUAUUGUUUUAACGUCCAAUGAUAAUUGUGAUUGUAUUAGCUCCACAUCUAAACUUAAUUUAAAAGUUUUUUUGUUUGUAAAGAGAACUUUAUUAUAUUAUUUAGACACUGCAAAUUUACCAGAAAUAUCUUUAGGAUUUUCUACCAAUAAAGAUUUGACAAGAGUGUCUGCAGAACUCAAAAAAUUUUAUGUUAAAUGUUAUGGGAAAAUUAGUGAACUUCAACCACUAUUAAAAGCACCUGCAAAUGUUGAUCUUAUGGAUAAAUUUGUUGAUCUAUGUAUUGUUGAUGCAGCGAAGCCACAAGUGGAUGCUGUUUUUAGUGUUGAACGAAAGGAAUUUCUUGAAAAGCAAAUGCGUUAUACACCAAUUCCAUAUAGUGAACUAUUUAAAAAUGAAAAUUCAGUAAUAUUAAUAUCUGGAAUUGCUGGUAUUGGGAAAACAUGGUUGCUUAGAAAAUGUUUGCUUGAUUGGUCAAAUGAUUUAAUUUGGAAAAAUGUUGAACUUGUUUUUUAUUUAGAAUGCAGGAGAAUUAAUCAAUAUGAAAAUGUUUCAAAUAUUAAUGAUCUACUAAGCGUUUUCUUCAAAGAUAUUAUAAGUAAUUUUAAUAUUAGUAUUGACACUGCACUGUUUAUAAUUGAUGGAUUAGAUGAGUUUAAAUAUUUCAAUGAGUUAUCAAAUCCGAGAUUAAAAUGUAACUAUCCGCUUGUUAAUGUUUUAGCAGAAAUUCAAAAUUAUAAACAUUUAGUUACUGGUAGAGUUUACGCAAUUGAUCAAUACCAAAGUAUAUAUACAGAUCAGAGUGAUAAAUUAACCAUUCAAAUAAUGGGGUUUAAUGAAAAUGGAAUAAUGAAUUAUGUAGAAAAUCAUGUUAUGGAAGAAAAUAAAGAAAUUGUAAAAGCAAUUUUAAAGGAAUCUCCGAUAGCAAAAGCUAUGGCAUCUGUUCCUUUUUAUUUAUCUUCCAUGUGUAAAAUUAUCAGUGAUUCGAAAGAAAUAAGUACAAGAUCUUUCUUAACAAUGACAGAUCUGUAUGCAAAUAUUUUUUUAUACUUUUUAAGAAAACACAUCAUCAAAAACAAUGAAAUGAUUUAUCAAAUAAUGGAAAACGAUUCUAAUAAAACAUAUAUUUUAUAUAUUUGUAAAAUUGCAUAUGAAUUGUAUGUUGUAAAUAAAGUAAUUUUUUCCAAAAAAGAACUUCAAACUUAUAUUGAUGACUUUGAUAAAAAUGAAAAUUUUUAUGGAUUUAUAGAAAGAAUUGAAACAGAUCUGGGUUGUUUUUAUCAGUUUGCUCAUUUGACAAUAAUGGAGUUUUGUGCAUCUGUUUAUGCAUACAAUUGUUUAAAUAGUGAAGAAAUUAUGACCAAUGAAAAGCUAAAGAGUUGUUUAUCAAUGAUUUGUGGAUUAUCUAAUACUAGUGAAAAUAGUUUAAUAAAGUUUCUUGUUAACCUGAAUCCUUCAAAAAAAUCUUCUAAUCCUUCAAAAAAUUCCUAUAAAAAAUCUAUUCAAUUUAUAAAGAAUCUAUUCAAGAAUUCUUCAAAAAAGUCUGAUGAAAAAUCUAUCCUUUUGUAUUCUAUUUUGGGUCAAGAUGUUCUUGUGUUGGGCGUUGAGGUUACGAGUCACCUUGUGGUUUUGCAAGAAAACCAUGUAUUUGCAAGAAACGAUGAAACAAGAAACGAUUGUUUUGCAAGAAACGAUGUAUACAUCGUUUCUUGCAAAACAAUUGCAUAAAUAUUCUUUCUUCACUUUGUUUAAGAUAAAUUAAAUUAGUAUAAUAUUUGAACUAAAAUUUAGGUCUGUCUUUAUCAAAUAGCAGUUCAAUAGUAGUCAAAUCAGCAUCAAGUU